AUGAUGGCGGCAAUCGUCAGCGGCGACGUGCCGGUCCAAGCAACACACAUGCCUAUGUCAUCGUCAGCGCUUCAAGUUAUCCUCAACAACAUACAAAAAUCUUUGAAGCUCGUUGUGGGGCAGAGCGGCGGUUGGAGCGUCAUUGCCAACGAGCAGUUCUUCAAGAUUCUGGCAAAACCGAAGCGUGUUCGGAGAGAGACGCCCGCAAUCAUGGAUGCACAGCCGGCUGCGGUUGUGAAUCCGCUCGAGAUCGAUGUCGACACCGAGCCCAAGGAGAACAAGAACCACGAGACCGACAGCCCAAAGGAGGAGAAUCAGAACCAGGAGACCAACAACCCCGGAGAGCACGCGAAAAGGGCUGAUGACAGCGACGCAGACAGCUCAUCGUCGUCCACCAGCAGCAACAAUAGCAUCAAGUCCGAGGACAUGAAGAAGAUAUUGAAGGACACGGAGCCCGAGACCUACACAUGGACGGCAGAAUGGAGCGAUGCUUGGAACAACAUGCUUUGUACUUUGGCUGAUGGUUAUAGCAAUCCAAAGCGUCGUCGUAUCGCCUACAGAGUCUUGAAGACUUUGAAGGAGGCAAAGGCGGAGUGGGAUCACAACAACCACAACCGCAUCCUGUUCUUCCGCAAUGUGCUUCUCUCGAGACACUUGCUGUUCUCGCCCUUAGCCUCAACUCUCUUUGUCGCAUCAUCUCGUGAACUCAUGGCUAACCUGUUGGAAUCCACCAUGGAACUCGUGGGCGGGAGGGAGUGGUCAUUCGAGGCUUUGGCGGUUCUGCAGAUGGGACACGUUCCUUCGACGGAGAUAGAGAACCCUAUCACCAUGGAGAACUUCUUGUCCAGCGCCUGCCGCAGAUGUGAUGGGAUCCAAACCGCUACACUUAUGUUUGACUUCCACCCUAAGGUCCCCGAGUUCGGGCGUUUCGCUCGCUUGGGUGAAUUGAUCCAUCAAGGGAAGAUACAAGACCUUCAUGUGCCUCUAUCCCUCAACGGCAACCUUCCCGCACAUGCCAAGCUGGGCAUUAUCGUACACAACUUGGAGGACAGCACCGUGAAUGUGCUCAAGAUUCUUCACUUUGCCGACAAGUUUGCCGCAAGCAGUGGACUCGAACUCUGCACUGGCAAUGCUUACAUUCCUGUCUUCCGCCAGGGUCCCUGGGCUCUUCGGAAAGCCAUUCAGCACCUGCUGGAGCGUCUACCAGGAUAUCGCCUGCUGUGGAACCACGUGGUGCAGAAGCAACAGUCCAUUCAGAGGAACUCCUCGUCGCAAUGGACUCCGGAUGUUGAGGCGCUGAAGGCUGGGAUAGACUACAUCAACGCCCGACUCAAGCUCACCAAUCGCUGGGUGGCCGGAGACGGAGGUACGCAAUAUGUGAUUGGCUUCGUCUACGACUUCUUGGUCAAGUUCAUCCUCCCGCUCUUCAUGACACACGGCUUGCGGAGUUGGAAAGACUCCGUUCGUCAUCACGAUGGCCCUCGCCUACGGCAACGAGUGCCACGGGUCCAAGAAGCGAUUUUCCUCGAUGAUCCCCAAAGGGAUCGCGUGAGCGCCUCGGAUCUCAAAGGCUUCAUUACGGUCGAUGAGGAACGCAGCUGCAGCGGCAGAUACUCUGACGUCCGGCUGACACGCAACGGGGUGAGAGUCUAUGCUUCGAACGACUUCGAGCCGAAUGAUGAACCGAAAGCGGAGGGGGGGGCGACGAUGGUUCUCAAGCGCAGCAUCGUCUUCGUCUUUGGGAAGCAUGCCUUGUAUCUACGAAUGCCGUCAGAGAACCCGGAGGUGCCAAUACACAGAAUCACAGUCGAGGACGUUCAUCUGGACCUACUUAGCGAGAAAGACAAGCCAUACUACAACAAAUACAAGCAAGGCAAGAUUGAACGAAGCCCGGACUAUGAUGGCGAGGUUGCUAGGGAGCUCGAGCUCAUGGAUAAUGCUGUGGCAGAACGCAACGGCUUUGCCAAGGUCGGCACUUUCAUCAAGCACUGGAGUGAGAAGAUUCAAGAUGAGCUAUUCCGCCGACAGCGGCGAGCGUGGAUGUCUACACCUUACAUCCGGAAUGGCACGAAGGCACCACGGGUGGACCGGCUGAAGUGGAAGCGCUCCGUCCAGUAUCUUUGCUCUCUGACCGAGACGGAUGCCAUCGAGGUGUGGGUCGGUGGAAGGUGGGUUUGGGAGCAGCCUACCUACGUCAAGAUGAUGAAGGUGAUCUUGCCCAACCAAAAGCGUCUGACUGUAAAGGUCGGGUCGACUGUGCUUAUUUCCGAAGUACGAUCGGCCCAGUUCGAGUACUGGCACAGGGGCCGAGACAUGUGGCAGCGCACAGGAGAGCUUCUGAGCUGGCGCAUGUCCCAGAUCAUGACCAAGUGA